UCACUCUCUCUCUCUCCCUCUCCCUCGCUCUCUCUCGGUCGGUUUUCCUGCCGGGCUGCUGCUGCUUUGCGCGCUGCGGGGCCACACUGCGACCGCACCAAGGAGUAACGGGGAAAAAGCCGCGGACCAAAAGGGGGACAACCUGAGCCAGAGCGGCGGAGCGGCACGAUUGAAAAAAAAGGGGAACAACUAGAGGAGGAGGGUUUGAACGCGCCGUCAGCGCACGGAUAAAAAAAAUACCUCCGAAGCAAAAGAAGCAGCAAAAGGCUGAGACGCGUCACGCCGCGCCGUCCCUCCUUCCGUCUCUCCGUGUCCGCUUUUCUGGGCAGCUGAAGAAGAGGUUAGAAACGAAAAGGAGGGCAAGCGUGGGGAAAAUCUUGUUGGGGAAUCUCGGAUCGCAAAACGACGAACGACGCGGUGUUGGAAACCUCCCCCCCUCCCCUACCCGGACAAGGGCCGAAUCUCCGUUUUCUAGCCAGCUCGGCGCGGCAACACCAUGAAAGACCGUACGGCGGAACUGCGAAGUGCUAAGGACAGCGACGAUGAUGAGGAGGUGGUGCAGGUCGACAGGGACCACUUCAUGGAUGAGUUCUUCGAACAGGUUGAAGAGAUUAGAGGCUGUAUAGAAAAGCUGUCGGAGGAUGUGGAACAGGUCAAGAAGCAGCACAGCGCCAUCCUGGCCGCACCCAACCCUGACGAAAAGACCAAGCAGGAGUUGGAGGACCUCACAGCUGACAUCAAGAAGACAGCCAACAAAGUCCGUUCAAAAUUAAAAGCAAUCGAGCAGAGCAUCGAGCAGGAGGAGGGUCUUAACAGAUCAUCAGCUGACCUCAGGAUCCGCAAGACGCAGCACUCAACGCUGUCACGUAAGUUUGUGGAGGUGAUGACCGAGUACAACACCACGCAGUCCAAGUACCGCGACCGCUGCAAGGACCGCAUCCAGAGACAGCUGGAAAUCACUGGAAGAACCACCACCAAUGAGGAGCUAGAGGACAUGUUGGAGAGUGGCAAGCUGGCCAUCUUCACUGAUGAUAUCAAAAUGGACUCUCAGAUGACUAAGCAAGCCCUGAACGAGAUUGAGACCCGGCACACUGAGAUCAUAAAGCUGGAAAACAGCAUCCGCGAGCUGCACGAUAUGUUUGUUGACAUGGCCAUGCUGGUCGAAAGCCAGGGAGAGAUGAUUGACAGAAUUGAGUACAACGUGGAACACUCCGUCGACUACGUGGAACGAGCCGUAUCUGACACCAAGAAGGCUGUCAAAUACCAGAGCCAGGCUCGCAAGAAGAAGAUCAUGAUCAUCAUCUGCUGCAUCAUUCUGGGUGUGGUCCUGGCGUCGACUAUUGGCGGCACGCUGGGCUUCUAAGACGCUCCACCGCCCGCCGCUGCAACAACUGACGCCGACCGACCGUCCGACAGCCAGCAGAGAGAAGAAACACCAACGAUGACAACCACACAAAAACUUGAAACGCAAAUGCAAGACAGAUAAACACUCAGCUAGGAAGAGAUAACAAUCCAAUUACAGAUAAGAGGAAACACCACAGGGAUGGGUGGGGUUCAAAAAACAAAGACAAAAAAACACCAUCACAUUAUAGCUUACAUAAAUAUAUAUCAUAUACAAAGAGGGUACAAAUAAACCUAAUAUUUAUUACAGAUGUACAUGUAAAUGAAACAACACAUGACCUAUAAAAUGACAUUUAAAAGUGUUUGUUUUGCGGGUUUUCCUAUUUUUUUAAAGUUUCUUUCAUUUUUCGGGAGUCUCCGAGGACAGUGAUGGUGAAUGCUGCCGGGUGGGAAUUCUGCAGGAUGAGCACUCCGGAGCCAAACUGGAUUUGUGUUAUUAGCUCUUCAUGGCCGUGCCCUAAUCAGAGCUCUGGAACUGAGCACCAUUUGUAACGUCACAGAGCACAUACUUAAAAAAAAAUGCUCUCGGCUUUCUGGUGAACUCUUUUACACCUCCAGUCCAGAUAACACCCAUCAGCUCCGUCAGAACUCUCUGGGGCUCUAGAACUCUGUUGUAUUGCGGAACAAAGAUUCCAGAGUUGUCCUGCAGGACUAGCACCCUCUGGCAUUGGUAGAACCAACAUUGUCCCCUUUUUUCUGGGGGGGGAGGGACCGCCACCGCCCUAGCUCAUGGCUCAGCUUCCUCUUUAGACCACCUCUCAUUUAGUUGCUCUCUCCUGUCAUUCACCUCGGUCAGUUUAUUAAAUGAGCUUAAAAUAGAUGGGCAAAAGCUGACCUGCCACAUGCCAUUUGAAAAACCAGCUAGGAGAGAGUGGGACACGCGGCCCACUGAGAUGUUUUCACAGCUGUAGACAGUCUGACAUCAUCUGACUGAAAGGUGAACAGUGGGAGGGAAGCGGUGUGGGAGGAGAAGAGUUAACGGGAGGGUGGGAGGAGACGGACGGUCAAUCUAUGCAGCUCAGAUAAGAGGAAGAGGAAUUGUCCCACCUCACUGUAGAAAUAUCAUGAUUGAAGCAAAUCAUGACUGUUCUUCUGGAAAAUUCUAAAAAAUGAACAGAACACAUUCAAAAGUAUAAAAAGAAGCUUAAUGUAAACUAUAAGAUUAUAUAAGUACGAAACAAUCGAGACAACCAACGAGAUGGACAUUGUUGAAAACCUGAAGUGUUGCAGUGAUAAUGUGUUUUUUUUUUGUUGUUGUCGUUUUUCAGUAGGGAACGCUUGUUGCUUUGUUGUUUCAUGACGCUGCUGUUUCAGUGCGUGACGUGUCCUGUGAUGUUUGGCCUGUAUGGUUUGUCUGCUGCAUCCCUCCAUCUCCUGCAUCUCCUGAGCAUGAAUGCGUGAGAUUUUACUUUACUGUCACACAAUUGGAAUGAGUUACACAGGUGCUACAGAGCAGGAGAUUAUUUACAUAUUAGAGGAUUUCCUGCAUGGACGUUUGGGUGACACAUAAAAAAUACACAUUCAUUUACAUACAUUCACCACAUAGCACAUGCAUGGACAACUCAUAUGCAUCUAACACAGAGACUGGAUACACCCACACUGAUAACUAACCUGUGUUACACAUCAUGCCAGUUAGUGUUGCUUAGCAUGACAUAGCAUUAUCUUGUGUUAUGUAUAGAUUGUAAUUGUUUGACACAAUAAUCUUGUUGUAAGUUAAGAUUAACCAAAUUGCACAGUCUUCAUGAUUGAAGACUGAUCAAUAAGCUGAUUUUGCAUUAGUUGUCUAGUAAGAUUAAUUUUGUCAAGUUAGUUUUUGCUCGCGCGACAUAAACAUUUCCCAGUUUCAAACUUAAAACAUAUGUAUACAGAUUGUUUUAGCAUUAGCAGUUAGCGAUAUAUAAAAAUAUGACUAUCAAUUUUAAGAAAACUAUUUCUUAUAUGCUCAUUCUGUCUUGAUAAAGCACUGCUCCUGAUAGGGACAGCACACGUGUUUUUACAAUUUACAAAAAAUACAUUGCAAAACCAUAUUUUGUUUUGUACAUGUAUAAUAUGUGCAUUGUCCGAAUCAUGACGUGUUGAAUACUAUAACGCAGUGUUGUGAAACUGGCUUGAGGAGUGUUAGUCCGUGCUAAGGCUCGUGAUGUGAUACACAUGCUGCUGUUGAGGCCUAUGCCGCAUAAUCCUCCACCAUCAAACCACAACAGAUGUCACAGUUACCACACAAACUCAAUCGACACUACACUCAGAGCAAUAAAGGCAGUUUGUGAAAGUCCAGUUUCAUUUGACAGAAAAGUAGUUAGGUCACUGUAUAUUUUCCCCACUUUAGAAGUUGUAGAAUUAUUGAGAAUAAAAAAACAAUCUGAGAUUGUUUGCAUGUACAGCUCCAAAAAAGCCAAGAAUACAAAAACAUAAGGUCAUAUUAACUGCUUUUGGUAAGGACAAUGUGUAGACAAUAAAAAGUAGCUGUUGCGUUCAUGUACAUUGUUUACUUGGGAGUUGUAGUAGUUAGCGCUGUUAGCUGUAGAUGUUCGUUCUACUGUUUAGUCGCUCAAUAAAAAUUAGCAUCCUUAGCUUCAGGUUUGAAAUAGCGUGGAAAGAGUCAUUUAUUUUUCAAUUGCCCUAAAACCCAGCCAGUAAACUUAAUAAUCAAAGCUGUCCUCUGCUGUUGUGUUGUCUACGUUAAUGGCUAGUCUGUCAUUUUAAAAUGGAAAUGUGGUGCUGCUGCCGAAUCUGUCGACAAAUUGGUCAAAUAUUAAAAUGUUAGCCUGCCUUAGGACUCUACUGGAGCAGCUCCACUUCAGACAAUGUAAUCAGCGAAUGGACAAAUCUGGAAAUCGAGUCAACACAUUUUACCAUUCACCAGUCAUAGUGCUGUAAGUUUAUCACCUGCCGUAUCGGCCAAAAUAAUGCAAUAUUUAAUACUAAUAUUUCAUGUUCCCGGUUGAAUCGUUGAAUCAACAUCACGGUCACCAAAGUUAUUGCGGUAGUCUUGCAGUGGUUAGGCGGUGGUGGUCGUGGUGAAUAUAAGUCAUAUCAGUGAUGUGAGGCUAAUGUCUUAGCACCAGCUACCUUGUUGAUACUGACAUUUCUUUCUUUCCAUUUGUAUGCGUGUGUGUUUUGCUGUAACAUUCCUGGUCCUGUCUGGCAGCCAUUGAUCAGGCCCAGUCACCGUCCUCCUGGGAACGAGAACACAGGCAAACAUCACAAAAGCAUAAAAGAAUCGAGGUUAACUUUGAGAAUGUUUGGAGGUUUGUCUGAGUAUUCAGGCCCCUGCGCUUUUGUCUUUACUUGUCCUAUUUGUGUUGUUUGGUUGUGCAAAAAGACCGCAGGUCUGCUCCUUCCCUUCUCCAGCAGGCCCUGCCCAUUCAGUUGUGUGUAAUAAUGGUAAUAAUAAUAGGCAUGCAAAAGCGUUGUGGAGUUUGCAUGAUGGUGUUUUUUGUACCCCAACCCUAACCCGCCCUCCAUGUCGUGCACUUUACCACUCAUCGGACCUAGCCGCUAACUAUGUUCGCUAACUACGCUUCCUAGUCUGCAUUCUCAAGCUUAAGAAUCAUUUAAACCUUAAACAUAUGUUGACUUUUCAGCAUAUGCUUUGUAACAAUUUUUCAAAGAGUAUCCGUGUUUUUUUAAGUUUAAGGCUGAUAUUUUAACGUGAAGCUGUCAAAGGCAAGUCUUCAAAUAUGCUGCCAUCCACUUGAGCCAUCCUGCUUCCCAAACCCCCGACAUCGACCUCCAGACUUCCCACUAGGUCACACACCACUGUUAUCAGCUGAUGUCUGUGCUUUGCUUCCAAAGUGGCAUUUGUGUUGUGUUUCUGUAAAGGUAUUGUCCACAUAAUAUACAUUUUUUUGUUAGUUGUGGGCAAACUUCCUGUUGCUCCUCCUCUCUGGCCUUGUGUGUGUGCAGCAUGCCGUCCUUCCUCUUCAGUGAAACGAGAUAAGUGCUUAAACGCGCAAAAAGUGUGUGUGUGUGGUUGUGUGUGUGUGAGUGUUUGUGCAGCACUAGUUUGUUUCGAUGUGCAAGGCAUCUGAUUGCAGGUCCCUGGGUUGCAACCGUUUAACGAGUUCCACUUUGUUUUUGUUUUUUAAGACGUCAGACAUAUUUAUGGACACCAUAAUCACUGUUAUAGUUAUUAUAUUUAUUGAAAUUCAAACCAAAGCGUUUUUUGCCCAGCCCUCAUGUUCGCAAAAUGUUAGCCGCAAUUAUCAAAGAGCACAACACAAGCCAAGUUUACACAAAAACGUUCGUCACGAAAGGUGAAAAACCAUGUAACUAUAAAAACAAAAGCCCAGCCACCCUCUUGCAUGUGGGUCCGCCCGCCAAUUCAACCAACAUCCUCCGCCACUACAGCAUCUGCCUCCACCCCCCCAUUUUCUUUCCUUUCCAGUUGUAGAUGUUAGAUUACUGAAAAAAUAUAAUACAUAAUCAUCUGUAAAACAACUAGCAUAUGUACACAUCUCCUUCGCUUAAGGCAUAGACGGAGACAACGGUGGUGCUUUACUUGUUCUAUUCAUUAAUUGCUGUUACCGAUAUUUUGGUGUCAUUAUUUUGUGUACAGCUUGUUUACCAGUCUCUGUGCUCACGUUACAGGAUCAUAGUUUCCUGCAGGUUUGAAGGUUGUGCUAGCCAGUCACAAAGGGUCAUCGGUUUUAUCGCUGAUGGGUCAAAGUGAACCAACCACAGCCUCUUCGCUUGCAACUCUCCCAAGCUCUGUGUUUGCCUUUCUUGCCAAUUUUCUGUUAGAAUCGAGUAACUGUACUGCACAAAAAUGCAUCAUUACAACCUCCACUAAUUUACUAACUACUAUUUACUUUGACAGUUUUUUGCAACAAACAGUAUCAUAUUGAAUAUGUAUCCACACAGAUCAAAUUAGCAGUUACGGAUCAGUGGCUUGGAAAUUUGGACCAUCUAUAUUCUUUGCAGUUAUACGAUGUGGCUUCCAAAUUUCAGUUGUGUAUAUGUAGAACUAUGGCUGUGUGACAUCAUCAUCCCACAGAGCUAGCACCUUCCUGUAAACCUACAGCCAGCCUUUUCCUGUGUGUGAGGAAGGACUGCAGCAUUGUCACAUAUAAAAAGCAAGAUCUUACACCAACACACUGCGUUUCUAUAACUGUAUGUAUUACUGCUUCUAUUGGCUGUGUACAGUUUUUGUCAGAGCUGGGUACAGAAAACAGGAAAAAAUCAUCUGGAGAGAGUUUGGGUGCGACACCAAGACUCCAAAGAUUGACUUUGUGUUACCUAUUAGCCUGUGUGCGGAAGCACUCUAGCUCUUUCCUUGCACAUACUGAAAAUUAAUAAUAGUUGCCAUAGGGUUUUGGCUUGAACCAGCAGCACAAUGUCUGCAGAUGAGUGUCUGUCUUCUGUCAACAGGCACAGGGAUCUAGAAGAUUUACGGGGAUUCUAGUUUUUCACAAUUUUUAAUUUACUUCUUUGUUCCUCCCUUGUCGGACAGUUAAACUCUUCUCUAUGAUGAUUUUUGUCUUCCUGAAAUAACUUUCAAAAACCAAAACCUGUUCAGUGCCCUGCUCUGGAUGAUGAUAAAAUGAACAUACUUGUUUGUUGUGGCUUCGACCUGCUCUUGUCAGCAGUAGUAGCUGCGAGUUGAUAUUGUUUGCUGUUUCUGAUGAUGAUUUGUUUGUUGCUCCCAUAUGACUUUCUAUUCUCAACAUACGAGACAGUAUUUGGUUUGUAUCAGUGUUUUUUUUUUCCUAGUGGGAGGGGUGGGAGGGUUUAGGGGGAGGGGCAUGACAAUAGAUCACGCCCACAUGAUCUCUGCCAUAGCAAGUAGGAAAGACACUUAAAUAACAUUAUUAUUAUUAUUGUUAUUAUUAUUAUUAUUAUUAUUAUUAUUAUUAUUAUUAUUAUUAUUAUUAUUAUUAUUAUUAUUAUUAUUAUUAUUAUUAUUGUUGUUGUUGUUGAUGUUAUCACAAAUUACAAAGCAAAAUGCAGUAAAACAUUUGCAAAAACCCAGAGAAAGAACGAACAGCUUCACACAAAGUAAUCAACAAACACUAAACUUUAAAAAAGGGAGGUUGUGACCAUUCUAUAAUAGCAAUGAUUUAAAGAAGUACAAAGGAGUUAUGUUAUCAUAAAUAAUAGUAGUAAUAUUGAAUAUUGAAUGCUCGCAAUUUUGUCAAACUGAAACUGGAUUCUUUGUGUUAUGUAAUUAUUGUAAAUAACUUCAAAGAGAGAAAAAAUGACUUGCAUGUCUAUGUAUAAAUCUACUGAGAUAUCUAUUCCUGUCAAAGUUGACAAGUAGUUCGAUCUCUGUCCUUUUUUGCCACUUUCGCUGAACCUCUAAAACAUCAGCCAUCUUCACCUAUAGGCCUUUACUCCCAUGUCUUGAUUUGUGGGCAAGAGAUGACAACAGGGAAACAGAGAAAGAGAAACAUGGCUUUCAGUGUUGUUGUAUCUUAAUUCAAAAGCUGUGUUCACACCAGCCUGCUGGUAUCUUACUUUUCACACAGGUGGACAAAACAAGGUACGAUAGUGGUUUUAGAGAUAGUUCAGCCACUAAGCGAGUCAGUGUUGUACCCUUUUUUGUCAUUAAGGUCUUUUGGCUUCUGUCAAAAACAAAUGUCAAAUUCAUUUGGUUGCGACAGAAAUUAAAGGAUCUUCUGCAUCAGCGGGAACUCUAACAUUUUUUGCCUUUGUGGUGUUAACACAGCCACAACCACAGCUCUGUCCAUCACCCCAGUUCCAGAGUCUCCACCCACUGGCUCCUCUGGUGAAAGUGCUUCCCUCCAUAUUUGAAAACCUAAACCCCUGGGGCUUUCCAGGCCAAGCCCUUCAUUGCUUUGAAAGCCCCGCUAGUGGUUUUCGAACUCUUUCUCUCUGUUUGACGUUGAGUCUCUCCACGACAGCCUUCUAGCCAAACUACACACCCAAUCUCCUCUCCUUGCCCACCUGUUUUCCCCAGAGUUUAGCCUGCACUCAGUCUUACUAGUCGUCAGAGAGAGAGGAAAAUGCCAAAAUCACCUGGGCUAAUGUCAGACUGCUAGAUCAUUUAGUGACUCUAUUCCUAUGUUGCUUUUAGACGCUAAAGGCUUUCAAUAAAAAACACAUUCAUUAGCUGAAUUACACUAAGUCACACAUAUUUAUAUAAGAAAUAUUGUUUUUUUUUGCUAUAAUAGCCAAGGGACAGUCACUUUUCCUUUAAUGAUAACAUCUGAGCCACCUUGUAUUUCUAUGGCUGAGAUCAAUAACCUUUUUGGUAAAUUAAGCACAGUCCAAUUUUGAAAUCCUCUGUUUCUACCUUAGUACCCGCCAAAACGCCCUCUCAGUCUUCCUUUUUAUGCGACAAGACCACUGCAAAUCUAGUUUGAACGCACCUUCGAUGGGUUUAAAAUAAACAGACCUCCCAAAGCCGCCAGCUACUGUUGGGCCCAUUCUCUAGCCUCGUACAGGCCUACCACAACAAAGCGUGCAAUAUUCAGAGAAACAAGGGCUUUCUUUAUCCCCAGAGGCGUUUAGGCACCUCCUGCAGGAACUCCUCUGACAAAACCACCCAUUUUAGAUGCCAAAAACACAGCUUGUCUUUGUGGCAGACACACACAAUCUAUCUCGGGGGAAAAUGGCAGGUGAGGGACGGAGACUCGACUUUACUAAAUUUAUUUCUCACUAUUCUAAAACAAUGAAUAAAAAGAGGACAGGGCCAUCGCUCUUUCAAUGCAACUUUGACUGGAAAUGCAACUUGUGUCCCGUUUUUUUUGUGUGUGUGUAUGUGUGCGUAGCGUAAUGUAAAAGCGAUCUGUCCCCCCCUCCCCGACUUACCCCUCUAAAUAAAAACACCUUUACCUCCCCAGCCAACUGCCCACCCCCCAGACCUUGUCUCCUCCUCCCUCCUCUCUCGUACUGCUGUUGGCUGUUCUGUUUAGUUCAUGUGACGUGCCAGUAUUCCCCCUCCCCUCCCCCCUUCUUUACCGAUUUGCCUCCUGCCUCUUGCCCUCCCUCAUGCCCCCUUCUCUCUCUCUCUCUCUCUCUCUCUCGCUCUCUCUCACUCUUUCUCUCACUCUCUCUCUUGCUCUCUCCUUUCCCCUUACCUCUUUCUCUCUUCAUGGAUCUUUAAGAUGACAACUCUAUGCAGAUGCUGUCUUUUAUAAGUGUGUCAAAAUUUUAAUUUAAAACAAAAACUAAAAAAAAACAAACCCUGACAGAAAUAUUGAAAUGAUAACAAAAAAUGAAUAAAGAAAAGGAUUGUUCAGUGUA